GCUCAACUUCUCUAGUCUUACCCUAGUGAGCAAAGGAAUAACACCUAAUUUUUUUCCAAAUUAAAAUCUUCAAAAUGUUCAUUGGUCCGGUCCAGAAAGAACAUCUUCACAACAUGAUCCUAGGAUGUGGUUGGCCCUGUGGAUCACUGAGUGGGCCCUGCUGCGAUAGCUGCUGUGGAGGUUGCUGUGGUGGCUGCUGUGGUGGCUGCUGUGGUGGCUGCUGUGGUGGCUGCGGCUGGUGAUAUUCGAGCUGGAGGUGUUGGACUUGGACCAAUGCGCAACAGUUGCCUUGAUCCAUAAGAAAAUAUACCACAAACGACAUCCACUGGCCAACGCUAUUUUAAGGCAUUGUUGUUUAACGUGAAGAAUGUUUAAUAAAUAAUCGAAGUGAGACUUACCAAAAA